UAUCGGGAGGUGCCGAACACUGUACACCAAUUCCAGCUGGACAUCACUGUGAAAAUGGGACGGGAUAAAGUCCGAGAAAUGUUUAUGAAGAAUGCCCACGUCACAGACCCCAGGGUGGUUGAUCUUCUGGUCAUUAAGGGAAAGAUGGAACUGGAAGAAACAAUUAAAGUAUGGAAGCAGCGGACACAUGUUAUGCGGUUCUUCCAUGAAACAGAAGCGCCAAGGCCAAAGGAUUUCCUAUCCAAGUUCUAUGUUGGCCAUGACCCAUGAAAUCACUCAGUGGAAAGGUGCAUGUUGAUAUUAUUUUAGAGCACAAAUAAACUCACUAUACGAUGGUCA